AAAAAAUUGAAUGAUGAUGAUGAUGAUGAUAUUAUUAUUGGUGCACAAUGUUUUUAUUCAUAUAUACAUAUAAUAACCCAAUUCAGUUCAAAGGCAGAGAAAUAUAGAGAGAGAGAUCUCUUUCGUGUUCGCUCUCUUUUUUUUCUCAUUUUCUAUAGUGUAAAGAAAAAAAUUUUAUUUACAACAAAAAAAAUACUAAAUAAACGUCAUAGAGCUUCGACAAUUGUACAAAAUCACAAACGAACAUAUAGUGACUAUUAGUCGCGAUGAAUGAAUGAAUGAAUGAAAAACAUCGAAACUGAUCAUCAUAAUAAACAUCACAUCAUCGGGUUAGUCACAUUUUGCCAUCAACAAACGGAUAAAACUGUACUACAUUCAUAUUGGAAUCAUUUUAAUGAAAACGAUAUUGAUAUCAAUAUCAACUUUAAUAUCAUCAUCAUUGAAAUAAAGUUCCAAAUUCGGUCAGUCAGUUCUUUGUCUACUUUAAGGUGUACGUGUGUGUGUGUGUGUGUGUUUAUUUUAUGCCAUAAUAGUCCGAUCAUUGAAAAAUCAUCAUAAUCAUCACAUCAAAAAUAGUUAAUAUAAAAACGAGUUACACGAGGAAUUUUUUUUCUCAAUUAUUCCACAUAUAAAAUACGAACAAAAAAAAAAUCAACAAAAAUGAAUUCUGCCAUAUCGAUACGAAUGUCGACAAUCAUCAGUUUAUUAUCAAUAUUGUCAUCAUGUUUUACGGCAAUAACAUUGGCUCAACGUAGUCAAGGCCUCAAUAAUCAAUUACAAGCUGGACAAGAUUACAUUGAUAUACCUGUACGUGCUGGCUAUAGAAUUGUUGGUGAUGAUAAUGAAGGCUAUCUAGAAGAUGGUAUUAUUGUUAAAACCAAAGGAACCGGUUAUAUUGAUCCUAGAUAUCGAAAAAAAUAUUUUACCACUACCAUCACUGAUGAUGAUGGUGUUGAUGUUGAUGAAAAUAAUCGUCGUUUUGAUGUUUCAUCAUUAUACAGAUCACCAAUGCAAGAAUCAAUGCCAACAAUAAGAAAACGACGAUUUGAUCAAUAUUUUAAUACGAAAAAAAUUGAAUCAUCAGCAUCAUCAUCAUAUUCACCACGAUAUUAUACAUCAUUUCCUAAAAAAUAUCUAAAAUCAGAAAUUAUUUAUGGUCGUCGUGCAACAGAUUGGUGAUGAUCUCAACAUUCAAUAAUAAUAUGAAUAUAUAUAUGAAAAAAUAGCCAUUUUUUUUUUUGUCCAUUUACGCUGUUGCUCAUUGAUUUUUAUUGGAAAUUAUUAUUAUUAUAUUUGGUUUAUUAUUAUGGGUCGAACAUUGAAAUUUGGUUCAAAUAUUAUCGACAUGUAGCUCUGUAGCCACAUUAUUAUCAUCAUCAUCAUCAUCAUUAUCAUAAUCAUCAUUCACUAAAUCAU